AUUUAGAUUAUAUGCAAUAACUAUUAUGAGUGUUUUAACUGAGAUCAAUGGAUAUUAUCGGAUUAUUAUAUCUGCAAUCAACUCUAGAAAUUCACCUGCUACAAAUCACUAUUUAAUUAGAGAAUUAAUUGAAGCAAAUACUAAACUGGCUCAGUCUGCUAUUAAUUUGAUAUGCAGUGAACGGAUAACCAAAAUUUCUCUUACCCUCGAUAGUCCAUCAACGCCAUUUUUCUACGCUAUCCAGUCAAAGAACCUAUCAAGGCAGUAUCUUGUUAUGCCAGGUUAUUGUGAUUGUCAUUAUUUUGCCGAAUGUGUCUUAUCUAGAUGUACAGCAUUUACGCAGUGUGUACAUGAGAUGGCUUGUAUUCUUUUAGAAUAUAUGGAUUCCACUUUAUCAUUGGGUGCGGAGGCUAUAGUUAAAUUCACCGAAGAAGUGGAAGAAACUGAAUAUUUGGAACAGAUGCUGUUAUUGCAUGAUGAAUAGUAGUACUCCACUAUUAGUUGUUCAUAUUACAUUUGAUAGUUGUAAAUGUUACAUAUCGUAAACAAGUCAUUGUAGAGGUUUCAUAGUGACUAAAUAUGUUACCAAAAAAGUCGUUAGAAGCAUAAUUGGGUAUAGUAAAUAAUGUUUGCAUUGGUGAUGUUCCGCUUGUCAUUUUUUAUCACACGUUUUUCAUUAAACAAGUCUUAUCAGUAAGUUGAUGCAGAAGUUUUUAAAAAAUAGUUGCUACCAUUUGAAAUGACGUCUCGAAUUGAUCGACCCACGGUAAUCCAGUUGGAGCUUUUGGCAUGUAUGCACAAAUGAAACAUGUUUGGCUCCACUGGUUGCCGACGACUAGUGUUUGUUGGGAGACGGCUUAUUUUAUCCGUAUUCAGUAAUUUACGUUGUAGUUUUGAUGUAACUGCGGUAGAUCAAUUUCUGAUCUGUCCACAAUUCUAGAUCCUCUAACGGU